GGCGGAGCCUGGACUACCGGGGAAGUGUACGGCUGCUGGGCCCACUGUGUGGUGCUGUCCACCGCCAUGUGUCCUCUCUGAGCAGACUGCAGUUUGAAAUCCAAUACGCGUCUUGGUUCCAGUGGACAAACUUCCCAGAGUUGUUUCCUGACAUCUUCGAUGCCUUGGAAAGUGAGCAGGCUCCUAUGGUUUCUCUAGGCAUCAUGAAGCUCACCUCGUGUCUGGAGCGAGCUCUGGGUGAUGUGUUUCUGCUGAUAGGGAAGGAUUGCCCUUUUCUCCUGCGGGAUCUCCUUGCAUCGGAUGAGCUUGCUCAGGUCUUCGGGCAGCCAGUGAUGGACACCCUGAAGGUGUUUGUGGGCUCGCCCCGUGGCCUCAACCUUCGCAACGUCUGCUGGCACGGCUUUGCAGCCCCUUGUGAGGUUCCGCCCCAGUACUGUUCGAUGCUGCUGCUCUUGACGGCAGGACUGGGGCAGCUCCUCCCAAGUUUCCUUCAGCGAUCGAGCCGGGCACUGGUGCACCGACCCCUUGCCACUCUCACAAACUUAGAGGAUUUGGUGGUUUUUCCUGGUCUGACUCCUGAGACACUCGUGGUGCUAGAAGAAGUGAUGAAGAAAUCCACGUUUAUUUUACAAACCAUGAUGCCUUACUGGGAGGCUGUCGUGGUCAAGUUCAGGUCCCGCAGGUUUGCUGACUGCGUGGUGCUGUUACUAACACAGUUGGAAGCAGGCCUUCGCAGAGUGUUCACCAUGGUGAACAGGUGUCCAGAGAGACUUCUGACAGCCGAGUCCACAGCUCUUUACACCACCUUGGAUGAGAUUUUGGCAAAAGACUUGAGAGAUGGUGAAAUGAACCAGCUUCCACUCUUCCUUGGGGAACCUGCCAUGGAAUUCCUCUGGGACUUCUUGAACCAUCCGGAGGGCCCUCGACUGAGAGACCGCUUGAGCCACGGAGAGGUCAAUGCAGAUGAACUGCUGGGACAGGCAGCCCACCAGCUGCUUGCUUUUUCCAUUGUGCUCUUACUCAAGUUCACAGAGGGAGAGGUCGCAUCAUCACUCAAGGAUAAGGCAGAAAUAAAGGCUUUGAUCGACAUUGCAGAAGCCUAUAGUUCUAGGUGCCAUCCUGCUGCUCAGCUGAAGAAGCAGGUGCUGCUCUGUGAGGAAAGCAUCCGCACUUGGCCGGCUCUUCCUUUACAUGAGGAGCUGCUUCCUGAAACAGCCAGAUUGGACAGUGAAUUUGAAACAAGUACCUGUAAUUCUUUAAUGAUAAGGAUUAUUUGUGAGCUUUGCUGUCACUUACCAGGGAACCGACAUGACUUUGAUAAUCUGGAUAAUCUUUGGACUGAUAGGUGGACUUCAGUGCUCAGUGAGCUUUGCAGAGUACCCAUCCCCACUUUGUACUCUCCUCGAAUUGUGCUCGAAGUGCUGGCAGUGUUCCGGAAAGUCAGCACACGGUGUCACCAAGUGUCUGAACAAGUCAUUGCCUCCACGGAGCUGCGACAUCAGCAGUGGGUGCAGAAGACCUUGCGGUCUCGACAGAGGCACAACUAUCUGCGCAUGUUGAGGAGUAUUAGGCUUCUUUCUCCUGUCCUUUACCUCAUUUUGCUGCUCAUUGCACUGGAAUUGAGCAACAUAUUCACUGUCCAAGGAAAAAGUACCUGUGAAUAUCAGCAGUACUUGAAAUUCUUAAAGUCAGUCUUGCAGUACACUGAGAACCUGGCAGCUUAUACCAGCCAAGAGAAAAACAAGUGGAGUGAAACUGUCAGUCUUACACACCAAGCAUUGUUGAAGAUUUGGGCUUUUAGUGAGAAAAAACAAAUGUUAGUUCAGUUAGCUAAGGAAUCCACAAAUAAAGUACUCUUGUAA